CUUCCUCCUUCCUCUGUUUCUCGUUUGCUAGGGUGCCUCAGCACUGUUUGACAUGAUUGAAUACUACGAGUCCGCCACGCACCUCAACAUCUCCUUUAACAAACACAUCGGCACCCGGGGUUGGCAGGCAGCUGCACACAUGAUAAGGAAGACAAACUGCCUCCAGUACGUGGAUGCCCGCAACACGCCUCUCCUGGAUCAUUCGGCCCCAUUUGUGGCCCGCGCUUUGCGCAUCAGCAACAGCCUGGUGGUCUUGCACCUGGAGAACGCGAGCCUGUCCGGUCGUCCCCUCAUGUUACUAG